AUGGCCAACAUGGUUCUUACCAUACAAAGCCAAGAAUCCAGAAUAAGCCAAAGCUUACCAUUUAAUACAUAUGGUGACUUUGCAUGCAACGUUCUUGAGAACCAUGUAAGGGAACAAAUUAAGCCACUUGGUCGCUACUCCACCGAAGAAAUAUAUAUAGCAGUUGGUCAAGAUUUGAAUGCUGAUUUGCUGAAGCUGGAAAUUGAUUUUCUUUUCUACAAAACCCUUGUGAGUAGAUUGUGUAAUAAAUAG